GUAAUGCGCAUUCCUCUUGUCUUCCUGAAAUUACUUUUUGUCGGAAGGUCUUACAGCACUAUACCACCAGGCAUGAUGUUUCCCGGACUGUCCUGAAAUAAGAGUGCCUUCCUGACCAAAACGGCUGUCAAAAUGUCUUCCAUAGACCCCUAUCAGUACAUCAUAGUUGAGCAUCAGUAUUCUCAUAGAUUAAAAGUAACAGUGGCAAGAGCUGAAAAUGUGACUAAAGGAGCAUUUGGGGAUUUAUUGGACACCCCAGACCCUUAUGUGGAGCUGUCCAUUUCAACCACCCCAGAGUCAAGAAAACGGACACGCCACAUAGAUAAUGACAUUAACCCAAAAUGGAACGAAACAUUUGAUUUCAUAUUGGACCCCAAUCAACCCAACAUUUUAGAGAUGACACUGAUGGAUGCUAAUUAUGUCAUGGAUGAAACUCUCGGCACAGCUACAUAUUCCCUUUCAAAACUCAAAGCGGGGCAGACAGAGCAAGUGAUACUCUCUAUUGGCAAGUCUACAAAAGUGUUUCUCGAUAUGUCCUUAGAAGUGUGUGCGUCCACAGACUUGCGCUUCAGCAUGGCUUUGUGCGAUCAGGAGAAGCUUUUCAUGCAGAGACGCAGGGACAGAGUUAUGCUCAGCAUCAAGAAACUUCUCAAAAUUGAAAACCCGCGCUUCCUCCCAGCCUCACCAAGUGAGGUUCCAACCAUCGCCAUAUUGGGCUCUGGAGGGGGUUUUCGUGCAAUGGUGGGCUUCUCUGGAGUGAUGAAGGCUCUCUAUGAGUCAGGAGUGCUUGACUGCGCUACUUACGUGGCAGGACUUUCAGGAUCAACAUGGUAUAUGUCUAUGCUGUACUCACAUCCUGAGUUUCCUGCUAAAGGACCAGCAGAUAUUAAUAAGGAGCUGAUGAACAGGGUCAACAAUAACCCACUGAAACUGCUUCUGCCCCAAAAUAUAAACCGCUAUGUAAAGGCACUGUGGAAGAAGAAGUCAGCCGGACAGCCUGUCACCUUCACUGACAUCUUCGGCAUGUUGAUAGGAGAGACUCUCAUUCCGGGGAGAAUGAACUCAAAACUUAGCACCAUGCAGGAGAAGAUUAAUGAAGGUCAGAGCCCUCUGCCACUCUUCACCUGUCUGCACGUCAAACCUGAUGUCUCUGAGCUCAUGUUUGCAGAUUGGGUCGAGUUCAGUCCGUAUGAAAUUGGCAUGGCCAAAUACGGUACCUUCAUGUCUCCAGGGCUCUUUGGGAGCAAGUUCUUCAUGGGCUGUGUUGUGAAGCAAUAUGAAGAAAACCCCUUACAUUUCCUCAUGGGUGUAUGGGGAAGUGCCUUCUCAAUACUCUUUAACCGGGUUCUGGGAGUGAAGGAGACAGCCAGCAGUUGCACAAUGGAAGAAGAGUUGGAGCAAAUUAAACCAGAGCACAUUGUUGGAGAUACCUCAACCGAUAAUGAGGAGGAAACACAAAGAGGGGGCACAGAGUCUGCAGAGGUGGAAGAUGAGCGACAGCGUCAUGCCCAGGCUAGUUGGGUUCAGCGCAUGUUGACCUCCAUAAUGGGCGACUCCACCCUAUUCACCACACGUGAAGGCCGUGCCGGCAAGGUGCACAACUUCAUGCUGGGCCUUAACCUGAACUCUUCCCUGCCCUUUUCUCCCUUCAACGGCCUUAUGAAUCAGACCUCAGUGGAUGAGGAGGUUGAUGCUGUUACAGAUCCUGAUGAGUUUGAUCGAAUCUACGAGCCACUAGAUGUGAAGAGUAAAAAAAUCCAUAUUGUGGACAGUGGCCUGACCUUUAACCUGCCCUACCCUCUGAUCCUGCGGCCUCAGAGAGGGGUGGAUCUCAUCAUCUCCUUUGACUUCUCAGCCAGGCCUAGUGACUCUAGCCCACCAUUCAAAGAGAUACUUCUGGCUGAAAAAUGGGCUCGAAUGAAUAAACUGCCGUUCCCUAAGAUCGAUUCCAGAGUAUUUGACCGAGAGGGUCUGAAAGAGUGUUAUGUGUUCAAACCCAACAAAGGAGAAAAGAACUGCCCCACUGUCAUUCAUUUUGUCUUGGCCAACAUCAACUUUCGGGACUUCAAAGCCCCAGGAGUUCCCAGACAGUCAGACAGUGAGAUAGAGUUUGCUGACUUCGACAUUUUUGACGAUCCAGAAUCUCCCUACUCCACUUUCAACUUUAAAUACCCCAAUCAGGCCUUCAAGAGGCUACAUGAUCUCAUGGAGUUCAACACACUUAACAACAUUGAGGUUAUAAAAGAAGCUAUUAAAGAAUGCAUUCUGCAGAGACGAGAGAACCCCUCACGCUGUUCAGUUUCCCUUUCACUAAGUGAGAUCGAAAACAAGAAGUUCCUGAAACGAGAUACCAGCAAUGCAAAAAGACACACCUAACAGAGAGCUAUGCAAAAAGCUACACAAAAGCCUAGUGGUUUUGAGACUGUGUUGGUCGUCUGGUGCUGAAUAAGACAUUUGAUGAGAAUCAGUGAGCUGAUUUAUCCGACAAGACUGGAUCGACCUUAUUGCUGAGGUUUACCAUGUUUUAUAGUGUAAUUUUCUGUGAACUUCCACAAUAUUUCUUGAAUCAACAUUUUCAAUAUGUGUGGGCAAGUUCCCCACACCUUUAAUCUUAAAGUGCUCUUACUUUUUGAGACCUACAAAUCCUACAAAUCUUGCAGUGCACUUCUCUUAGGCUAAUAAGGAGCCAAGUUCUGGCUGCUUUGUUUUCUGUGGGCAUUUUAGCUGCAAAUAAUCUGAGCUGUGAGAGUAAUUUAUGGUCUCAGUGACAGCAUGAGCCUCAGGACAUGCUGUUCCUUAUGUGUUUCUGGUGAUAAGAAAACAAUUUAUGUUCUCAAUUCAGUUCUACUGUGAUGUAACUAUGACCAGUAGAUGGUUUGUGGUAAGCCUUGCCUAUAGGACAGGAUUCAUCUCAUAUUUUAGUGAAACUUUCUUGUAACAGCUCAAGGAUCAGCAAGGAGGAGGCGGGAACCAGCUGAACAUAAACAAAAUUGUCAAACUUAACUUAAAAAUAAACAAACACAGACACUUGCAAUGCAGCUGCAUGCGUCUCUCUCUCUCUCGAACUGGUGCCUCCGGAUUCCCUUUAUCUCGCUCUCCCGCUGAUCAGCUGAUUCAGCGCCGGCCAUGCACCAUCACGUCCCAGCUACGCACUCCUCCUCAUCACACUCCUCCCCCGCCCGAUUCAGGCUGGGGAGCCACCACAGUCUGAAUAACAUCACUGGAGGGAGACGCUGCACUUCUGGUCGUUCUGACAGCCGGUGGUCCACUCCGCCUCCUGUGAACCUGGGGGUGAGACGAGGGGAGGCGUGGGAAGAGGGAAAGGGCGAGCGGAGACACACAAAGAGAGGAGAGAGAGAUGAACUUGCUCGCUGGCUCCCAGAUGCGCUGUCGCCCGGUCCUCAACAGCUCCUCCGCCCUCUGGCGGAUGCCAGCUCGCUCCUCCCCCAGUGGAUGGUACCGAGUCCUCCGGCCCCUGGUGAAUGGAACCGCUCCUCCACUUCCCUGUGGAUGGCAGUGGCAAGGACUCCAUGACAGCACCUCCCUCCUGGGUUUCGGCACCCUGUAACAGUUCAAGGAUGGGCAAGGAGGAGGCGGGAACCGGCUGAACAGUAAAGUUUUAAUGUCAAACUUAAAUUAAAACAAACAUAAACAGACACACAUGCAAAGCUGCAUGCAUCUCUUGCAAACUGGCGCUUCCGGCUCCCCUUUAUCUCGCUCUCCUGCUCAUUCAGCCCCAGCUGUACACCAUCACGACCCGGCCACACCCUCCUACUCGUUACACUUCAUUACAUUUGUGGCAGGCUCUAAAUAAUAUAAAACUAACUGUACCUCUCCACGUAAUCAUUCCUCUUGUUUACUUAACGAUGAAAGUGUACAACAGCAUUUAACAGAGCAUGUUAUGUUUAUUUAUUUGUAUGCGUAUUAUGUAGUUACUGUGUUUUAAUAUUCAGUUUAAGAUAUUGUUUAACUUACUCAUCAUUAAAUUGCCACCUGGAAGGAAAAUCCUUAAAUCAAAUUUGAGAUCGUUUUUCAGUUAAAGAUAUCAUAUUUUGGAAAGACUAGCUUCAAAUUUGAAAUAAAAAGAAAUGGGAAUAUAGGAAUGAAAGCUAGAAAGCAAACUAGGUAAAGUCAUUCAUAAAACUGAACUGAGGUCAAUUGGAUUAAGGUGGCGGUUAUAUACUGGAAAGACAGGUAGAGUGGUAAAAUUAGAUCCAAGUCUAUUUAGAGUGCACUUUAUGCCUGAAAUAAAUGUAAACCAUUACACUUCCAUGCUGUUUGUGGUCCAUCCAAUUUGGAUUUGAAAUGAUGUAGUUAUACUCUAGCAAAUACCACAACUGUAAGUAGUCAUGUUUGUAUGAUUAGUUUAUACACAGAGUUAUCAGUGUCAUCUUCACAGUAUGCUUUGCAUUUUCCCUUGAGGUGUGUUACUAGCCUAACAGACGGGUCAAUGCAGCACCUGGCUAUAGAAUUAAAAUGACACAUUAAGGCUGCAAGGUGUUUUUUUUUUUUUUAAACCUAAUAAAAGUGCAUCAAUAAACAUCUAUUGCUGGCGAAAAGACAUGCACACUUGUUUAGAGAAUGACCGAAUACAAUUUCAGAAAUGUAUUUCUAAAAAUUAGACAAAACAUUUGUCUAAAAAUGGUUUAGACAUUUUGUCUUAGUUGGCAAAAAUAGUAGCUGUUAGGUAUUUCCUAAAAGUUUACUCAGCAAACUUACAAUUCAAAAGCAAACUAAAAUACAAAAAGAUCAAUCAUGCAAGCAACACAAACAGUGCACUCAGUUGUAACUGAGACAAUGAUACAAGAAAGCACUGGGAACACAGCAAGGAUAAAGAUGAACACAACCAAUGAUCAAAAUUACCGUAAUAUGUUCAGAUUGUAAUAUUUUCAAAAUGUUGCUUUUAUAAUAAAUUAAUUUAAAAGGUUAUUGUUUAAAAAGGUUCCCACCAUUAAAAAUACAUCAGAGGCUCUGUGAAAUAAUGGUGGCGGACAGUAUCCAUUGGCUACAAAAAAUAAUAGGGUGUUGAUCUGAGGUCAUGCUAGAUAACAAACUAUAAAAAAAUUAGGGUUUUGACCAACAGAGUCAGAUCUCAGCUGACAUCUCUGGUUUGUUGGUCUGCUCAAUAAACUCUAACCUUUGACA